UCAUCUUUCCUCCCAGACUGUGAGGAGUAGGUACAUCACCGCCGCUGUGUUUACUGCCUUAAAAAGACGAAAAGAACAGCAGGAUAGAACAGUGGAGAAGAUUUCCAUCGUCUAGUGAGGUCCUGUUAAUGUAAAAGUGCUUUUUUAUGUUUUUUUCCAGGACUCUCACAUGAAACGGGCUUGGAGGAUAAUGAGCGUUUUGUUCUGAGAGGCUUUUGAAGUGAGCUGGAUAAAAAACAACAACAACAAAAAUACUAAACAGUGGAUUUGAAACAAAGUCGCUACGUGGAUUUCUGCUGGAUUCAGGAAAAGUAGCAUGAAGGAACUGCAUGCACAGUGAAUGUCUGUGGUGCCUGGAAGUCAGGAUCUAAGCUCCAUAUUCGCAGUGCUGCAGGAAUUCCUGCUUUUACUGGGCUGGAAAUUGGAUUUGGAAUGACCCAAGCAGGCCAGUUAAUGGCACACAUUCUCUGGUUACCCCUCGUUGUCUAAAAAGCCUUUUCCCUCUCUGUCUUUAUUUUUCUGAAUGACAUCAUGGUCCAUAGUAGGCCAAAUGUAACAUUAAGGGAUGUCGGUGCUGUAGUUCUGAAGUCUGAGGGGCGCCUGUAUCAGAUGGAGGCAAGCACCAUUUUGCUUAUUUGACCCCACCCAUCUAUUAAUAAUCCCAGAAUUGAAAAACAUUAGACCCACCAUGCAGCGGAGGCCCAGGCAGGCCCAGCAGCAGCAGCUAGGAUGCCCAUCACCCAGGAAAACGCACUGAGUCACCUAUCUCUGCUGGAGAGCUGGCUAAAGGUGAACCAGGGGGAGCAGGACCAGGAGGAUGAGCUUGGAAAGAAAGCAGGCAGCGCUACGCCAUGUCAGGCUGCAGUCCGCAAGCUGGUAGAGUACAUCCAGCUGAACUUUACAGAUUGCGAGAGCCGCCCAUGCAAUGGCAGCACGGUUAAGGACGAAGUGGACGUGGAGGUGCGGGCGGUCUGCUUAAGCAAAACUGAAGGAGAUGGGCCUGAGUUUGGGCUCAGCUUUGGGAACAUCCCCAUCUUUGGGGAUCCUGAAGGGAAGAAGAAGGUGCGGCGCAGGCGCCGCAAGAGCGAUAAGGGCCCUGUGUUGGACGUAGGGUGCAUCUGGGUGACAGAGGUGAAGAAGAAGAGCCCCGCAGCACAAUGUGGUGACAUUAAGUUGCGGGACGAGCUGCUGUCCCUCAACGGCCAGCUGAUGGUCGGAGUGGACGUCACCGGAGCCAGCUACCUGGCGGACCAGUGCUGGAAUGGCGGCUACAUCUACCUGAUCAUGUUGCGGAGGAUCAAGCGCAAGGCCCCUCUCCCUCCGUGCAAUGGCAGCAGUGGCUGCGCAGAAAUUCCCAUCGAGCACGGUGGCAGCGUGCGUUCAGAGCCUGCAGUCAGCAGUCCCACGCAGAAUGGCAAGCGAACCCGCAAGUUCGGUGUCAUCUCUCGCUCCUCGUUUACCCGAGACAGCAAGGACAGCAAUGACAUUCGAGAUCACAAGCAUGAGAAUGGCUACUCUUCGAUGGAGACAGAGGCCACACCCCCAGAUGCCAGCACCCCACUGGGCACGCCAACCGAGGAGUGUCCAGUCACUGGUCACUCUGUGGCGAUAACCAAUAAUAUCAGCACUGCCACUCUGCCCAGUCGCACUAACUCACGCCAGUCAGAGAGCUUAAAGUCUCAGACAGGAAGGAAUGAACCAUCCAGCCAGCCCAAGGAGGGCAGUCGUAUCUGGAAGAUGCACAUGAUGAAGGGGCAGGAUGGCUUGGGCGUCCAGAUUACAGGCGGUCGUGGCUCCAAACGUUCACCACACGGCAUCAUCGUGGCUCAUGUGGAGAACGGUGGAGCCGUACAGAGGGACGGACGACUGAAGGCUGGUGAUGAGCUUCUGAUGAUCAACGGUCAGUCUUUGGUUGGCCUCUCACAUCAGGAGGCCGUGGCUGUCCUUCGUUCCACUGCAGGCCUUGUGCAGCUGGUGGUGGCUUCCAGGGAUGAGUCUGAAGUGGACUUCCACAAAUACCCAUCGAGCAGCCUCCCUGACCUUGUGAGCACGUGUUCAGCUCAGGAUGUGCCGCCUUCCCCUGGGGACGGGAAAGAGAACAUGGAGCCAGAUGUGGAGGACGUGAGGGCCAGCAGCCUCUCACUGCCCACACAGGACUCAUUCACAGAGCUGGAUAAGCUGGAGGAGCAUGGCCGAGUCGAGGGACCCAAGGGAUGUCGCAGUCCAACACCUAUGAAAUUCCGCAGCAGAUCCCAAGGUGGUGGCAGUCGUCUAGAGUCUGUCGGAGAGGAUGACGAGUUGAUAGUUGAAAAUGGUGAAGCAGGAAAUGACGUGGCGGAGAAACCAGCACGCGGUAGGCGGAAGCACUCCCUCCCACAGCAGCUGGACACUGUGGGAAUCCGACAGGAAUAUCAAAUCGUGAAGAAAUCGGCACGUUCUCUAAGUACUGUUCAAGUGGAGUCUCCAUGGCGACUGGCCCAGCCAUCUAUUAUCUCCAACAUUGUCCUGAUGAAAGGACAGGGCAAGGGUCUGGGUUUCAGCAUUGUUGGAGGCCAAGAUUCUGCACGAGGUAGAAUGGGGAUAUUUGUCAAGACCAUUUUCCCCAGUGGAGCAGCAGCAGCAGAUGGUAGACUCAAGGAGGGGGACGAGAUCUUAGAAGUGAAUGGGGACUCUCUUCAAGGCCUCACGCAUCAGCAGGCCAUUCAGACCUUCAAGCAACUAAAGAAAGGCGUCGUUACACUAACUGUGCGAACUCGUCUGAGGAGUCCGAGCUUGACCCCAUGCCCAACGCCCACCCUGCUCAGCCGAUCCAGCUCACCCAAUUCCAACGCCAGCAGCAGCACCCCUAUACCACCAGGCUUCGAUGAAGGAGAGUACCGCAAGGGACCAGGCCCUAAAGACCGCAUCAUCAUGGAGGUUACGCUAAAUAAAGAGGCCGGUGUGGGGCUGGGGAUAGGUGCCUGCUGUUUAACGCUGGAGAACAGCGCUCCUGGGAUCUACAUUCACAGCCUAGCUCCAGGAUCUGUGGCCAAGAUGGAUGGCAGACUCAGCCGAGGAGACCAGGUGCUGGAGGUAGACUCUGUAAGCCUACGGCAUGCUGCACUAAGUGAAGCCUAUGCUAUCCUGAGCGAGUGUGGACCUGGCCCAGUAAGCCUCAUCAUCAGCCGACAUCCAAACCCUAAGAUGUCGGAGCAGGAGAUGGACGAGGUGAUCACUCGCUCGACUCACAGAGAUAGCAUGGGCAGCCAUUCUUCCUACAGUCUGGGACAAUCAUCCAAAAGCCCUUCUCCCAUGAUGAAGGCCAGGCAAGGUGAUGGCAGCCAGGCCCUCAGCUGGACUAUGAAGAGGUUUUUAGAGCCGGCCAGUCGACAAGCUUCUCUAAGCUCUGAGGCCGAGCUCUCUCAGUACUUCUCCCAUGACGUCCCUAGCCAAUCUUCCCUUUCAGCGAUGGGCUCUAGUGAUGAUGGUAUGCUUCACAACAGCAGGAGCUGCAAUACCUCACUGGAUGAGUCAGCAGCACCUCAUUUACACACUUAUAAAGAGGGUAGCACUUGUGCUAGAUCUUCUGGCCCUGCUAAUCGAACCACAGAGCGGCAGGCUAGCAUGCCCAGCAGCCCCGGUUCAGUUCGUAGCCCCCUCCUACGUCAGCGCUGUGUUAUUUGCUACGAAGAUGAGGCCAGUGAUGAAGAUGAAGAUGUAGGACCCUUCCGUCACUUAAAACAUGGCAACUCUGAUGCUGCUCGUCACCAGGAGGAUGACUCGGGCAUUGUUGUGGCAACGUCAUCAUUGGAAGUGGACGAUGAAAGCCAAGAUGGCAGUGAGGGCAACAGGCUCGAAGCGGUCACUCCAUUUUACAGCAGCUCGCUGGAGUCAGUGGAAGGGGGAGGUAACGUUGCUGAACUGCCUUUUAUGCCCAUUUACUGUUCUGAGCACAGCGCCAGCCUGGGCACAAGGAAAGAGGCUAAGCGUUCACCCAAGCUGGAGCACAAAGCUGUAACGCGUGUUAAGAGCAUGAUGAGCAUCGAAUGCCCCAAUCUGGCACAGAAACCCAAGACUGAGGACAUCACUGGAGCCCCCCUGGGUGCCCACACCCAAGCCACCCAGAGAGGGAGAACCCAGCACCACUGCAGGAGAGGUGAACCCAGUGAGCUGGCAGGCAUCUGCACUAUUGAGACUGUGGUUCUAAAGCGCAGUGAGUCUGAGUCCUUUGGACUUGACCUGGAGAUCAAGUCAUCUCCUCUGAAGGUGCUGAUUACUGGACUGAGGCCUGGGGGUGCUGCUGAGAGGGAAGCCAGGGGGAGAAUGAAUGUGGGAGAUGAAAUAGUUGCCAUUGGUGACACUCCAGUGUGCACUUCCUCCUAUCAGGAAAUUUGUGAUCUCAUGCAUGACCUGCCAGUCACACUGACCUUAGAGAUUCAGAAGCCUGUCUCAGCUGUAGAUCGACUCUCUACUUUGAUGAUGUCUUCUGGCACUGAGCAGUCUACUAAGAUGGAGAUGUCAGGAGCUCCCCUAGAGGAGAAAACAAGCAUGGACAAAACUGUUGUUGGAAAUGAAGAAAUUUCCCCUACAGAACCGAAUUCUACAGAGAUGAAAGCAAUCCACACUGAAGAGGUGCCUGUCACUUAUAUUGAUGACGUCAUAAAUGAGUUAAACGUAUUUGAAAACAAUGCAAAGUCAGGAUCACAGACUGUAUCUGAUGCCGCUGACAUGCCUCCAUGUGCAGAAAAGAGCAGCAUCAACCCGGAGAGCAAGGAGAGUGUGACAACCCUAUCACAGCAGCCAAAUCUUUUGGAUUUUUCUGUCUUGGAUUCAGGAAACAAAGGUUGCCUUUUGCCAGUAGGGAAGACAUUUCUGAACAGUUACUCCAGGAAUUAUAGUCAGCUCUCGGAUGAAAACACAGACCUUUCUGUGAAAGGAUGUGAAGAGAAACCAAGCAUGUACAAUAUGUUAGAUGAUAGCGAUUCUGAGAGUGACUCUGCUACAGAUGGUGCUGUGAAAAAUGAAAAGCCUCAAGGUGACUGUAAAGAUACUCAGGACACUGACUCUGAUGAGGAGGUUGAGCUGUGUUACAGCGUAGUCAGUCAGCUUCAGCCAAAUCAAGAGAAGGACAGUUCUCCUUCUCUUAAACAAGAUAUCUCAGGAAACCAGACAGAUAAAGAGCUGAUUGCUGAUGAAGUACCUCAAAAAGCAUCUUCGCACUUACAGGACUCAAAGACAACAGACUUUUCUACUUCUAUCACAGCACCAGAGAGUACAAUCAUUCCCCAGUCUACAAGUUCAGAGUCUGGUUUGAAUGGGGUCUCUAAUCAUGUUUCUGAAAAAAAGCAGAUAAUGAGUGUGACUCAGGGAGAUUUGUCAAACCCAGAGCCAUCAGACUGCAAAGCUGAUGAGAAAAUUGAAAAGGCUUUGGCACCUGUCACAAACAGCCUGACACUUUCAAGUGUCACUAGUACCCCUGGAGCUCAGAAUAACAGACAUGUUACCCCACGGAGUCAAGAAAGGACAUCUAAAAUGCACUCAAAUGAAUUGUUUACCUCAGAUAAACCCAAUACUGUGCAAGUGCCAUUCAUGUCAACUGUGACAGAGCCAAAGGCUUCACAUUUUUCCAGUGGGAAAACAUCCAGUACACAAACUAAAAUGGACACAGAGAAAGAAAAAACACAUGACCCUAAAUCUCUUUUUUCUGAGACUCAGACCAAGUCCAGCACUCUUAGAACUUUGGAACAUAAGACUCUGAAUAAUAACCCCAUCUCACCUAGCUUAAAUAGCAGACUCAAACUCGAAGAGAAGUCAAGCUGUUCUAACAAACUUAAAGGUUUAACUAUUAAGAGUAAAUGCAAAGGAAUAGCGCAAACAGGCAGCAGAACUGCCAGAGCUGAGAGCCCUUUGUUAAAAAAGACCCAUUGCCCCCCUACUCAGUCCCCUAAAUUACCAGCCAAAAGAAUCACCCCUACGAAUAGUCCAAAAAUUAGUAGAUCCUUAGAGAAGAGUAGUUCUGCUCUUAUUAAAACAGGUGACCAAAGCCAUGAGUGGAAUGAUUCAGAUCUGUCCAACACCUUGAAAGCAAAUGACACUGUCAAGUCUGAACAUAGGUCUGAAACAGAAUGCAAAAGUUCUCACUCAAAGCAAAGUGAGGCAGUUUCUAAAUGUGAGAACACACCUACACAAAGAACAUUUAUUGAAGUGCGACUCUCAUCUUCUUUAUCCCCAUCUUCUUCUUCUGCACCAGUUCUAGCAUGCAGGGAAACUGCGAAUACCAAUUCAUCACAAGUUCAAGGAAGCCAUCUAAUUCUCAAAGAUAACUCAUUACAUGAAGAGUCAGCUCCCAAACCCUCUUUGGGAACUUACAGAUCAUUUGACUUUUCUAAGUCUAGACCAGAGCAUAAUGAUGCUAUUAAAAGCUCAUCUAAACCUGAUGACAAAGCAUGUAGCAACAUGUCCAUCUUGGAGACUACUAGUCUUAAACCAGGCAAAUCCAAACUUUACCUUAAAGCACUGGAUCGAAGGAGCUACUCCACAGACAGUGAAGCUCUCAAACGCCACUCAUUUUCUGUUCAGCAAAGAAUCAAGUCCUUUGAGAACUUAGCCAGUUUUGAUCGUCCAGUUGUAAAAGGCAUUGACAUCCAGUCUUACGGUGUUAGCUCAAAAGCUGCUGUCAACAACAGGUUGUCUGGUUCAGCCCAGUCCAAUGAUAAUCGCACCCUAAAAAGGAGUCUUAGCUCUUGUGUAGAAAUUUUAAACCUAGGUCACUCUUCUUCACUGCAGCCACAGAACACUUCUUCUAGUACAGUUAUGAACAAUUCUGAAUCAUCACAUUCAACUGGAACCACUGGGGCACUUGUAGAGGAAAGGGCCACACCUGAAGUUACUGUACCUCAGUCCAGUGCAGUACCACAUACUCCACCAGUGCUGCGCUCCCGUAACGCCCGUUCUAAUAGUGGGAUAUCAAGGUCAAAACUGAGGGAACUAAGGGCACUUAGCAUGCCUGAGCUUGACAAGUUAUGCACUCAGGACUUCUCACAGGACCCUGGCAAUGUCACGUUUAAGACAGAGCUGGAAAUUCAACCUACAAGGCCCACAAAAUCCCCAUCAGACAACCUUCAGUGCACCAUGGUGACCAGGGUGAGCAUGGUGGAGCCUGGCUCAGUUGGCAAUGGGGAGAAUGCUCAAGAGCAAACUGUGAGACAGUCAAGUUGGUCUGUUAGUCUGAAAGAUUUAUCAUCAUCGCCAGUGGAGCAGAAGAAGGUGCAGAAUGUCCUAAAUUCCCUUCCGGCUGUGUUGGAUGUGAUGACCCUGAUAAAGGAGGUUAAAAAUGUUUCAGAGGUUAAAGAGGAUGUUUACUUUGUGAUCUUGACAAAGGACGAGGGUUCUGGACUGGGCUUCAGUAUCGCUGGAGGGGUGGACCUGGAGCAGAAAUCUAUCACUGUCCAUCGGGUAUUCACCCAAGGGGCCGCUGGCUUGGAGGGUACCAUUCGUCGGGGGGACAUUGUGCUGUCCAUAAAUGGGAGCAGUCUAAGUGGGAGAACCCACGGCGAGGCUCUCUCCUGUCUCCAUCAGACCAAGCUAGCCAAACAGGCACUUGUGGUUAUCCAGAGAGGCAAAGACAGUGAACCUGUCACAGUUAGACAGGAAUUUCUUUUAAAACCCAGAACAUGUUCUUCUUCUGCCUUUCCAGACAUCAACAGGGAAAAUGGAGCAGCUGUGGAGGUUGGGCCGGAUGGAGCAUUAAGCGUGGAGCUGCUGAAGACGUCAGCAGGUCUGGGUUUCAGCUUGGAGGGGGGCAAAUCUUCAGUCCAUGGCGAUCGUCCCCUCUACAUCAAACGCAUUUUCAGAGGAGGUGCUGCUGAACUCUCCCAGGUUAUUGAUGUUGGGGAUGAGCUCCUGGCUAUCAAUGGCAGGUCUUUGCAGGGCUUAAUGCAUUACGAUGCCUGGAAUGUUAUAAAGACUGUGUCUGAAGGCCCUAUCCAGUUAGUCAUUAGAAAACCACGCACUUCCGUAUGACCUUCGAGGACUUGUGCUGUAUGUAAACACAGUGCCAAACUGAUCUUCUUGUACAUAUGAAGACUUUUUACCUUUUUAUACUUGUUUUCUACCAUGUCUCUAUGACUAUACAUUUUCACUGAUGGAUUCUCUAUCGAGGACUCGGCUGUUUCGAGAGUAUUUCAAAGGAUGAAGUCUUCUCUAUGAGUAUUUGUGCAAUCAGUGUAGGUACUUAUUUGUACAGUGUAAUUACAUGAACAUGAAAUUAUCAUUUUGCUCUAGAUGGAUUUAUUUUAUAAAAAGCAUCCUACCCAAGGAUGCUAAAGUUCUGUUUGACUGCUUGACUGACUUGAAGCUUUCACUUUGUCAUUUGUGAAAUCUUGUCCCUUUCAUUUCCUUUGAUUUUCUCCCUUUUGAAGCCUAAUCACAGCCGCAUAAAGAUUUUACAGUUCCUGUAAAAAAAAUACUUGUUUUGUUCCAUCUGUUGUGCUAAAAACAGCUAUUAUAUUUGAAAUAUUACACACUUCUGAUGAAACUGGUAGCUGUCAUGCUUAAAAUAUCAUGCAUUUCACCAACAGUAUUUAUCUGAAUUGCUUUUUCUGACUAACUGCAGAACAUUUUGCAGAACUUAAUUGCAUUUUUUUAGCUGUGAAUAUUUUUCAGUAGAUAAACUCAUCACAGACCUUGAGUUGUAACUCUGAUAUGUUGAAUUAACACUGCAUUGAUGUUGAAAUCACAUUGUGCAUGAAUUAUUAGUGUAAAUAUUGCAAUCAACAACAACAGUUUAUUUUGGUGCAGCUGGGAUUUGAAGCACAAAUAUGUUUAUACUAAUGCAGGUCAAGUAAGCAUUUUAGGAAUAUGGAUAUGUGUAUGUAUUACACUCACACAUGCAUUUCUUAGUAAUGCCCUUUUUUUAAAGAGGCAUGAAAUAUAUUUUCAGUGCAGUGCUGUUAUUUAUUUCGUAAUGUUCCUUUCAGUUAUGUUUUAACAUUAACAUUUCUUCCCUCUUAUCAUUUUAAUCUUUUUUUCUUUAAAAAAAACAACCCACAAUGGUACUGGUAGCACCUUUAUGCAUAUGCUGUUGCUACAU